AUAAUCCGGUUAUAUAUAAAAAAUAUCGGUAAAGCGCAUUAUUAUUUACUUAUAAACCGCUUAAAAUUAAUAUUUUUAAAUACGAAAAGUGUAAAAAAAUUGCACGAGAUAAAAUGCGUUAUUCAUAAUGCAGUUAAAAUUAAUAGUAUCUGUGCGCAGUCUCAAUUAGAGUAGGAAGUUGGGUAGAGGAGAAGGAAAAAAUUAAAGAAAAAAGAAAAACCUCGUUUAGGAGGGUAUGUCUGGGGAGACAUUAGUGCACGAGCAGUUCGAAGUUCCGGUUAUCCAAAUUAUAGAAACCGGUUGGUGGUUCGUUAUUUUCAUCACCGCAGGGUUGAGAUACGAACGAGCUCCGUCUGUGUUCCAGUCGCUGUGUUGUAUCGCCUUUGUUUAGAACUGGCGUGUAAUCUGACAUGGAUACAUUUAUAUUGUGAAGAAAUUGCUUUAUAAACUUAUAUACAUACAUGGAGAAUUUAUAGAAAAUAUAAAGCGCAAAACACUGGAUUGUUUUAUAUUUUGUGGAAUUUGUUACUAUGGAACCUGGCAAUGAAAAUUCAGAAGGAAGAAGAGACGACGAUAAUUGUUGCAUGUGCAAUCCACAAAUAUGCAGUUCUUAUGUUCUAGGAAUGUUUGCUUGUAUCUUGGUGAUUGGUGGCGUUUUUCUGUCUUUCCACAAAUGGGAUUACAUGUGGUUAAUAGUUUCUCUUGUUGGAAUAGUUCUCAUUUUGUUGGGUGCCCUGCUGCACUUCUGCGGAACGAAUGCUAGUCAAAAAAAUGCAAAGAGGCACCGGGUGAAUGAGCAAGAUCUUCACGAGCAUCUUCUUCCGACUGCUCCGCCUCUGAGCAAUGCCUAUUCCGUCAGCCAGCUGUCAUUGAAUAUGCUCCCGCCUUACUUUUCUGCACUGGACAACGUGAUAACCACUCACACGUCUCCUUCUGCGCCUCCCAACAGCGAUAACGUGAGCCAAAUUAUACAGAUCAAGGGACAGAGUUUCAUUCUGCUGCCGAUAUCCGAAAACGUCGUUCCCGACAGUUCGGAAAACAUAACUGUCUGGAACAAUCCGGUGUUAAUAGGGCCCAAGGAACAAACUAAUGGAAUCAUUUCCAAAGGACCAAAUAUUAUAACAGUGCCAAUAAAGGAAGACUGUGAAUGCCAAACAGAUAAUCCACCUGAAGAAAUCCAAGUAACAGUUGAUAUACCUUCUAGAACAGAAACAGAAGUUCAAACAGCUUCUCAACCUGCUAAUAAAACACUUACUACAAUAAAUAUAGAAAAUGAAUCAAUUCCCAACAAUUCCUUAGCUACUGAAGCUUCAGGUUGCCAAACAGAAAAUCCAGAACAGACUACCUCUUGUACUACAGACUGUGAUCCUUUACCUACUGAAACCAAUGAAGAACAAGGAUUUCAGGAACGUGAAGAAUCUAAUACAUCACCAGAAGGAACUCAGUCUGAAUCUUUAGAGAGUGAAGAAUCUGUUGAUUUAAUAACUACAGAGUGCAACAUGGAUAACACAGAUUCAAGUUUACCUGAAGAUGAAAUUAAUUUAUUAAUAGAUGAUAAUGCAAAUAUAAACACUGUUUCAGAAAACAUUCCAACAUGUUUAGAUCCCAUAAUGGAACCAUUACCAGAAUCCAUAAAUGUAAUAAAUAAUGAUGAAUCAAAUAAUAAUAAUCCUGUAGAAAAUCAUACUAAUCAAACAACUAUUGUUCCUGAAAACACAAUAAAUAGUGACAUAAAUGAAAAUUUUCCUGAAACAUCAACUUUAGCUACAGACUUAGUUAAUAAUAAUGAAAUUGAAAUUGGAAACAUGAACAUAAUAAUUAAUAAUAACUAUACAGAAUACUCUUCUGACAUAGAUAUUACUAGUAACAUAUUCUCUGAUCAAGGGUUAUGUUCAACUUCUCACUUAACGACAAACGAAAACUGCAAUGGCCAGUUUUCAGGCUAUAACAGUGAUAUCGACGAUGCAGAAAUCUGUGAUAGAUCAUCGCCCCCACCAAGUUAUGAAGAAGUUACUCAAGAACAAUUAGCAAUUGCUGGUUAUGGUAUAGCUUAUGGAACUAUAUAGCAUUUCACCUUUCUGAUAAAGGUUUACUUAUCAACAAUUAUAAAUAUCAAUUUUGUUUUAUUUUCAUAUAAUAAAAGUGAUACCCAAACUGUAUAUACCUCAUGUUAAAAUUAAGUACUUUAAAUCAGAUGGGUAUUUUCUUAUUUAAAACAAGACCUUAACAGAUUAUUCUGUUAACAUUAUAUUAUCUGUGACAAAUACAAUAUCAAAUUUAAUCAAAGGAUAUUACAGGGAUAUUUUUGAAACUGGCAUACAUUUAUUCUUUAUAAUAUAUUUGAUAUAUUGACAAAGUAUUUUUUGAAUUAAUACUUUAAACAGAAUUGUGAAAUGUUUUUAAGUUAUAAGGAUAUUAGAUCUGCAUUACUGUUUGCAAAUCAUUCCAAUCUCCUUCCAUAUUUAUAUUUAUAUACAUAAUGUUGGUAUAAACUUAUUUGAUUAUACAACUAAUAUUUGUUUGUAGAAUGAUAUUUAAUUCAAAAAUAAAAUAUUUCAACUUAAAUAAAAAGUUUUUGCUCAUUUGUGAGAAAUUAAUUAAAUAUUAAGUUUUGAUUUUAUGGAUACUUAAGAGGUGCUGAUUACAUUAUGACUGAUUAGAAAUAAAUUCAACCAGUUAUGCCUAUCAGUAUUUUUUAUUUUUUACUGUAAACAGUCAACAGAAUACACAUAAAUAGUCUCUAAAAGACAUUUUAGACACUAUGUUUAUUGUGGGCACUAAGGAGGUCUUUUUGCCAAACUAUGGGUCAACCAGGCCCACAAUGAAGAAGGCCAAGUGGUGAGGGAUGGGGCCUUGACAUAUCCUAGACUGACCACCCAUGAAAAAUUCACAAAGCACAUCAUCACUUGCCUGGAUUUGAUCCCAGGACCCUCAAAGCACUAGGCUGACACGUUAACUGCCUUGGUCAUAUGACCAUUGACAUUAUUAUAUUUUAGAAUAUCAAUAUCAAAAUUUUCAUUAUGAAAACUUUAAAAAUUAUACAUAUAAGCAAUAACCAAAUGUCCAAGCUGAAUCACCAAGCAAACAUCAUAAAUACUUUUCCAGCAACUGUUUUAUUAUAAAAUCAAAUGUUUUUGGCUUAUUUAAGAAGUGUUCUAAGACAUAUUACAAAAUUUGUUCAUAUUUUGUAAUAUAUCAUAAAAUGCAUGAUGCAUUUCAUUUUAGAAUCUCGUAAAUUCAAUUUCAGUAGCUACACCAGUAGAAGGCUUCUUAAAUAAGCCAAAAAUGUUUGUUUUUCAGCAAUUUUUUUUAUUUAUAUAGAAUUUAUGGUGUUUGCUUGGUGAUACAAUUUAUAGCAAAAUUCUGUAUCAGUAUAUUU